UCUGGAAAAACGUUCCCCCUCAGUGGCGGUUGCCCGCUAUAAGGGGAAACCUCGCCGAGGGCCGAGAGGGAAGAGCGGAAGUGCACCUCACCGCUGGCCGGAAACGGAAGGGAAGGAGAGAAGGAGGCAUGUCGGGUGGUGGCGCGCUGGAGGAGGCGGUUUGAGGCGUUGAGACGGUCAGCUUGACGGAAAUUAAAAGAUGGAUAUCCGACCAAACCACACACUGUAUAUCAAUAAUGUUAAUGACAAAAUUAAAAAGGAAGAACUGAAAAGAUCUCUGUAUGCACUGUUUUCUCAGUUUGGCCACGUAGUGGACAUUGUGGCUCUAAAGACGAUGAAGAUGAGAGGACAGGCCUUUGUUAUAUUUAAAGAACUUGGCUCCUCCACUAAUGCCCUGAGACAGUUGCAAGGCUUUCCAUUUUAUGGUAAACCAAUGCGCAUCCAGUAUGCAAAAACAGAUUCCGAUGUGAUUUCUAAAAUGCGUGGUACGUUUGCUGACAAAGAGAAGAGGAAAGAGAAGAAGAAGAUCAAGUCCUUGGAACAGUCUGCUAAUGCUGCAAAGAAGCCAAAUCAGGGAGCAAACCAGAAUUCAGCAAAUUCCCAAGCAAACUCGCAGAAUCAGCAGGUGCCUGAUAAUCCACCGAACUAUAUACUUUUCCUCAACAACUUGCCAGAAGAGACCAAUGAAAUGAUGUUGUCAAUGCUGUUCAAUCAGUUCCCUGGUUUCAAAGAAGUGCGCCUGGUGCCCGGGAGACACGACAUCGCAUUUGUGGAGUUUGAAAAUGAUGGGCAGGCUGGAGCAGCUCGCGAUGCCCUCCAAGGAUUUAAAAUUACCCCUUCGCAUGCAAUGAAAAUCACUUAUGCCAAGAAGUGAUGGAAGGAAACUAGGAUCCCUGAAGGACUUGCUUAGUUUGGUUUUUCUUUCCCCCUACAUGCUGUAGGGUAAUUUGGAUUGACUGAAGUGUGGUUCCUUGAAUUUAAGGAAAACAUCUGGUAUGGCAUUGUUGGGAGUUAGUCAGUACAAGUAUGUAAGAAUUCUAAACACAUUCAAGGAAUGCCAGCUGAAAAGCUGGAAGCUGUAAAAUUUGGUUGUUGUACAUAAGUCCAUUUUGUAUACUGUGACUGGAGAGGCUCCUUCACAGUAAAGUUACCUGUUCAGAAAUAAAGGUGCAUUUUCUCUCUUGAAACAGUAA